AUGUCAUUUGAAACUUCUGUUCAAAGUACAGUUAAAUUUCAAAGUGAAAAGGAUGGAGAGUUGGAUGUUACCAAUGCAAAAUAUAUUGCAAAGAUGAUAGACUCGCAUAUGGGGAGUUACAACAUACCAAAGGAAAAGAUAGUUGACAAGAUCAUCAAGUUGUUUGAGACUAGUCUAUUGCCAACUUGUGGAAAGAACUUUUUGUUCUUGAUGCUUGGCUACUUGAAACCAGACAAUGCACUUGCGCUGAAAGAGAUAUUCAUGACACGAGCCAAUCUCAAACCAUACGUACCGGUUCUAUUCAACAAUUUGUUGUUUCAUCAAAUCAAUCUACGUCACUUGUCAUCACUCAAACAUCGAUUUGUAUCACUCUUUGAAAAUAAUCAUAGUAUUGAUAGUAAUAAUAAUAAUAAUAAUAAUAAUAAUCAACAAGAUGAUGAUAAUGCUUUUAAUUACAGACUUGGUGGACCUUACCUUGCAAAACCAAAAGAUGAACAUUCAGAUGAUGAUGAUGAAGUGUAUGAUAGUAACAAUUGUCGUAUCCCAUCAAAUCAUCGUGACUUGGAUUAUUCAAGUGACCCAGAUGAAUUGUGUCCGUUACUAGAUGUAUUCCAAGCGGUGGAUGGUAGUCGAUCGCUUAGAUUCAAGGACGAGUUGAUCGAUGAUGCCGAGUAUGCUCAAGUAUACUAUCCCGCCAAACACCGUGUCACUAAUCGUGUGUCGGUACCGUCAUACCCCAUCUUUAAAGACACUUUUGAUGUAUUUACAAUGGGUAUGUUAAAGAGUGUCGAUUGGGAUGACGGACAAGGUUGCAAGGUUGUAGUGGCUGGUGGUGCAGUGAUUAGUGGAUUGUUUCCCGUGCCACAAGACUGUCUCGAUGCUUGGCAACAGUUGCAAUGGGCCAGACGCGCCAUCUCAUCGCUGCCACUGUAUCCUCGUAACUUGAUCCUACAGUACUUGGCGCUGGAAGACGACACUAGCUAUCACGCAAUGACCUACAACCGUUUCUUUAAGAAUCGUCAUUGGGCAACUGGUGACAUUGACCUGUUUAUCAUUGCCAAGUCUGCCAAAGACGCCAAGAAACGUGUCAUGUCAUUGAUUGAUGAGGUGACAGCUAAUAUCCCCGUGCAGUACCGUAUUAUCAAGACUGACCGCUCUGUCACGAUCCUCCCGUUAUUCCCAUACCGUCCCGUGCAGAUCAUCACAACCAUCUUGUCGUGUCCACAAGACUACUUGGUCUAUUGUGACUUGGAUAUCGCUACCUUUAUCUAUGACCCACCAACCAAAAACAUUGUCACGAUGGACAGAGGGUUCUGGGCAUUCAACAAUCGAUACAAUGUGAUUGGACCAGCCGAAUGGAAGAUAUCGGCACAUCGUUGUGAAAAGUACUAUGCCAGAGGGAUCGGUACUCUCAUAUUCGAGGUGUGCAAGCAUGUCCCACGAUGUGACGGCAUCAAAGAAAUGCCAUUCCACUAUGAUGAAUCGAAUCUGCCAUACGGUCAACACAUUGCCACUCUUGAAACACUCGACUAUAUUCUAUUGGCUUCCGAACCGGCUGUAACCGUCAUCUCGUCGUCUGACCCACCACCACUAUACAAUAGUCCCCUAUCGAUCGGGUAUCGUGCCGAUAUCCUAGAUGAAAUGAUAGAGAUUAGUUGGAAGUACAAUUACGAUGACAAACAUUUUAGAAAGGAAAAGUGUUAUCAAUGUGGUAUUGAAAUUAAAAUGAAUAUUGAUGGUGAUCAAAAAAUAAUAGAUGAACAGAAAGAUACAACAACAAAAGAUACAAGACAACAACAACCAGACCCACUUGUUUGUACAAAAUGUAGAAAAACAAAUAAUAAGAAAUGGAAUCAAUGGGAUAAAAUCAAAGUUGAUAAUAGUUGUGCUAGUGGAAAGAGAUAUGCAUUGGUAACUGGUGGUCGUAUUAAAAUUGGAUAUGAAGCAGCUGUUAGAUUGUUGUGUAGUGGGUUUACGGUCAUGGUAACAACUAGAUUCCCUUACAAUGCAGCCAAGAGUUUUUCAGAGGAAUCUACUUAUGAACAAUGGAAGGAUAGAUUACAUGUCUAUGGUAUCGAUCUACGUCAUUUAUUAGAUGUUGACAGAUUGACUGAAUAUGUCAAAAAGACAUUCCCAAGAUUAGACAUUCUCAUCAACAAUGCUGCACAAACUAUUCGUAGACCACGUGCCUAUUAUCAUAGUCUAUGUAACUCUGAAACAACUCUAUCAGCACUACCCAACUCUAAUUUACAAAAACUUAUUGUUAAUAAUACUCAUUCAAUUAAUUUAACGAAUAAUAAUAAUAAUAUUGAUAAUAAUAAUAAUAUGGGAGCAGUAUCUGAAGCUGGUAACAAAUUACUGUCAAUCAUUCCAUUAACACCAAAUAAUUCAAAAAUAUCUGCACAAAUGACACAAUUGGUAUUACAUGAACAAGAUGUAGAUGAAGAAAACACUGCACUGUUCCCAACCGAUUUGACUGAUGAACAUGGUGAACAGUUGGAUUUACGUACCAAAACAAGUUGGAAUAUGAAGAUUGAAGAGAUAUCACCACUUGAAAUGUUAGAGGUUCAAGUUGUCAAUGCAUCGGUUCCCUUUGUAUUGGUACGUAAUUUGUCUGCUUUGAUGGGUGCCAAUUGUAAACAUGAAAAGGAUGGUAAAGGAGAAAAAAGAAGAGGAGGACCUACUACUCCAUUGGUACCAAUCCACGAGAAUGGUAUGGGAUGGGGUUUCAUCAUCAAUGUGUCGUCUCCAGAAGGAGCAUUCUCUGGUAAAGAGUCUGGGUUCCAUGUUCACACCAAUAUGGCAAAGUCAGCACUCAACAUGAUGACCAAAUCAAUUGCAACUCAAUACAUCAAAGAACAAAUCUACGUCGUUGCAGUCGAUCCUGGAUGGGUCACUAAAAUGCAACCAUUUGGCUCUGAGGUCGCUAUCAACGAAGCACCCCUAACAGUCCAAGAUGGUGCAUCAAGAAUAUUAGAUCCAAUCUAUCAAAAACUUCUAGGUUCAAAUAAUAUUAUUCAAGAUGCUGUCAAAGAUCCUCAUUAUCUACCAUCAGAUGACAAUGACCAAAAGGUUAUAGGAGUAAGAGCACAACUUGUCAAUUCUUUCAUGUCACAAAAUCAUGGUUGCAUUUAUAAACAUUUUGGUCCAAAUCCUUGGUAA